AUGGGCUCUCGUGAUGAUGAGUACGACUACUUGUUCAAAGGUUUAGUAAUCUUAUAUCAUAUAAAUUUGCUCAGAGUUACAAAUAGGGCUAAAACUUCAAUGAGAGUUGAGUCAGAUUUAUCAGCCUUUUUAGAAGUUUUCCCCUUCAAAAAGAACAUAUUCUCAUUUUCCAAUGUUUAACUGCGUGAAAUUUUUCAGUCGUUCUCAUUGGCGACUCCGGAGUCGGGAAAUCGAAUCUGCUUUCGCGUUUCACUAGAAAUGAGUUCAACCUCGAAUCUAAAUCCACUAUUGGCGUCGAGUUUGCUACUAGAAGUAUUCAGGUUUAACUUUAUUGCAAACAUUGCAAAUGAUCAUUUGUUGCAGGUUGAGGGGAAAACCGUAAAAGCUCAAAUUUGGGAUACUGCUGGUCAAGAACGGUACAGAGCUAUCACUUCGGCGUACUAUAGAGGGGCAGUCGGGGCUCUUCUAGUGUACGAUAUUGGUAUGAACUGAAAGAAAAUCCAGACCAUUUACCAUUUUUGUAGCGAAACAUGUGACCUACGAGAACGUUGAACGCUGGCUGAAAGAACUGCGCGAUCAUGCUGAUCAAAAUAUCGUCUUGAUGUUGGUUGGAAACAAAAGCGAUCUUCGCCACUUGCGAGCUGUACCCACAGACGAAGCCAAAAUUUAUGCUGAAAGGAACCAGCUCUCUUUCAUCGGUUAUUUUUUUUAAGUUUGAAUUUUAUUAUUCGCUUACAGAAACGUCUGCCCUGGACAGUACCAACGUAGAAGCUGCCUUCACCAACAUUUUGACAGAAAUCUACAAAAGUGUUUCUAACAAGCAUGUGAACUCUGAUCGCCAAGGAUACGGAGGUGGAGGCGGCACUAUCAUUCCCACUCCUCCAACAGACCCUCCUAAAAAGCAGUGUUGUUCUUCCUAA